AUGAAGUCUUCAAGCAGCUGCUCUGGGCUGUCUUUCAAGUCACAGGUCUUGUAUCUGAUAGUUUUUGUGACUCGCUAUCUUGAUUUGUUCUGGGCGUUCACGGACUCGUUAUACAAUACGACCUUUAAGAUUUUAUUCAUCGGCUCCUCUGGUUAUAUCAUCUAUCUUAUGCUCCACGAUUAUCGACCUACACACGACCCGAACCUUGACACGUUCAAAGUGCAGUACCUACUUGCUGCUAGCGCAAUACUCGCUCUUAUUUUCCCUCAUGAUUAUAGCAUCUCGGAGAUUCUCUGGACUUUCUCGAUUUGGCUCGAGUCUGUGGCUAUCCUACCUCAGCUUUUUAUGCUCCAACGUACCGGUGAAGCAGAUACCAUAACCACCCAUUAUCUGUUCGCGUUGGGUCUCUAUAGGGCGCUCUAUAUCCCAAACUGGAUUUAUCGGUACUUUGCAGAAAACCACUUUCAAGCAGUUCCAGUCUUGGCAGGGAUUAUUCAAACUCUUCUGUAUUCCGAUUUCUUUUACAUCUAUUACACCAAGGUAAUGAAAGGCAAGAAAUUCUCUCUGCCCGUCUGAACCAUAUCUUGUUGCCUUAACUGGCCCAAGCUCAGCCUUAGUUCGCCGAGAAACAUUAUAUCCGUAUGCUGCCUAGGGUUUCAUAUUCGCUUGGCAACCAUCGCAGGGAUUGAAAACCGCAGUAUCUGCCUCCGAGGAAUAUACCCCUGGUCAGUUGAGAACUUCGCUCCAAGUUCCUGGUUACAUG